GGGGGAGAGAGAGAGAGAGAGAGAGAGAGAGAGAGAGAGAGAUGGGUUGCACGGCUGCUGCUGCAGACGCCGCUACUGCCUCCCGCUUCCUCAAACUCCUCCGGAUCACACCAUCUCCGUUCACGGGGGCCGCCGCUCACAGCCCGUGUCUUUUCCCUCCAAGCAGGCGGCUCAAAUGUGGGCAUGAGCCAUGCCACAUCACAUUUCUAAUGUGAUUGAUGAGCUGAGAUGAACGGACGGUGCAUUGCAGCUGCGUCACAGUGAUACUCGAGACGUCACUUUGAAACAUUCCCCCCGGCAUUCACCAUCCCUUUUGUUUUAGUCUGUUCUCCGGGCUCCCAGCCGUCCGAGCCAGCGAGAGAUGUUUUGAAUGCGCUUCGCUGGCCUGCAUGCAUUUCGUCUGCACGCGAGAGGCACUCAGAUAUGUGUCACCAAGAUGUCCACUCGCAGCUGCCAGGGAUCCGACUCAGUCAUCAAACCCCUGGACACCAUUCCUGAAGACAAGAAGGUGCGAGUGCAGCGGACGCAGAGCGGCUUCGAUCCCUUCGAGAAACCGGCGAGUCAAGUGAAGCGAGUCCAUUCGGAGAACAAUGCCUGCAUCACCUCCAAAAGCUCCUCCUCUGGGAAAGAGUCUCCUAAACUACGCCGUCACUCCAGUCCUAGCUCUCCCACAAGCCCAAAGUUCGGAAAGGCAGAUUCAUACGAGAAGCUGGAAAAGCUCGGAGAGGGAUCCUACGCAACCGUAUACAAAGGAAAGAGCAAGGUGAAUGGGAAGCUGGUUGCGUUAAAAGUGAUUCGUCUGCAGGAGGAAGAGGGGACGCCUUUCACAGCGAUCAGAGAGGCUUCUCUGCUGAAAGGCCUGAAGCAUGCGAACAUAGUGCUGCUCCACGACAUCAUCCACACAAAGGAAACCCUGACGCUGGUCUUUGAAUAUGUGCACACAGAUCUGUGUCAGUACAUGGACAAACAUCCCGGGGGUCUCCAUCCAGACAACGUCAGGCUGUUCCUGUUCCAGUUAUUGAGGGGUCUGUCUUACAUCCAUCAGCGCUACAUCCUUCACCGGGACCUGAAACCACAAAACCUGCUCAUCAGCGAUACAGGCGAGCUCAAACUGGCCGACUUUGGUCUGGCACGUGCGAAGUCGGUCCCCAGCCACACGUACUCUAAUGAGGUGGUGACUCUCUGGUAUCGUCCUCCAGACGUGCUGCUCGGCUCCACUGACUACUCCACCUGUCUGGACAUGUGGGGUGUCGGAUGCAUCUUCGUGGAAAUGAUCCAGGGAGUGGCGGCAUUCCCGGGCAUGAAGGACAUUCAGGAUCAGCUGGAGAGGAUAUUCCUGGUUUUGGGGACGCCUUCGGAGGAGACGUGGCCAGGUGUUCACUCACUCCCGCACUUCAAACCAGAUCGUUUCACUGUCUACAGUCCCAAGAAACUCAGACAAGCCUGGAAUAAGCUGGGUUAUGUAGAUCAUGCUGAAGAGCUGGCUUCCAGAUUUCUCCAGUGCUUCCCAAAGAACCGGCUCUCCGCUCAGGCGGCCCUCCACCACGAAUACUUCAGCCAUCUGCCCCCGAGACUCUGGGAGCUGCCUGACAUGUCUUAUAUCUUCACCGUGCCGACCGUUAAGUUACAACCUGAAUCUGGCGACAGCAUCCAGGUGUGCAGUAAGGCCAACAGUCACGGCAAAGGGACGUCAAACAGCAAACACUGACCUGGACGAGCCGCCCGCCUGGAGCGACACAGGUUGGCGCUGUCAGCUGUCAAGAUGGAAAAAGGACAAAGAGGAAAAUGAGAUGGGAAUGACUCUUCAUGUUUAUUUAAAUUAUUUCAUUUCGAGCUGAUUUGACCGUCCAUGUGGAACUGAGGCAGCGUGAAUCCAGUCAAAUCUGAGAUUUACCAUCAGGAAUGUUGCGUAACAUCCUCACGUCGACGGCAUGCGAACGACGUUCGGUAACAUCAGACUUCAAAAGGCAAUUAAUACGAACUGUUUGUGUAUGUAGCUACCUAUGUACGAAUGUAUGUAUGUUUGUACAUUUAAAUAUACAUGUCUAUCUAAGAGAACAAACCAAAUGCCCUUCCGCGAACAAUCACACAUUAACAAGGCCAAGCUGGCAUUUCGCAUUUCCUGCAAUCUUCCACAUCGUUGGCUAUGGCACGAUCCAGCUGCGCACCCAAUAACGAUGACAAUAAUUCCAACAGUAAUAACGAUAUUGCGGUUGCAGCCUGAUGGUGCACAUUCACUCACUGCAGGGACUGCGCUAAAGCAAUUAACACCAUCACUGAUCAUCAUUUGGGCGGAUAACUGCGGUACUCGGUUUACGUCUCUGUGUGCGUUUAAAUGUGUUAAAUACAGGCAAUACGCUUGCACUGGUGCUACUGUGCGUGAGUCAGAAAGACGGUCGCCCGCGUUUGGAAAUGAAUCUGUUUUCGCUGUUCCUUCUGAAGGCCCAUGACAAUCUUAUAAUGAAUUGCACUCACUAACUGAUCAUUAAAAUUGCCCGAACGAUUUUUGCAACAUUACUUUGAACUGUUAAAGGAUGUUCACACAGGACGUGUUCUUGAAUUCUUCUGUGCUAUUUUUUGGUUUAAAUCAAAUGCCUGUGCUAGAUGGACAUCUCGUUGCAUUAUUGCUGCAUUUUUGCAUUGCCUUUAUGCAUUUUGUAGAUACUUUUAUCCAUCUUGCAUUGCAUUCAAAGUAUACAUUUGAUCAGUUGGGAAUUGAACCCAUAACCCUGCCAUUGCUUGCUUUACAGUUUGAGCUACAGAAUGCUUUAUUUUUAAAUUAAAUAUAUGUCAAGUUAAACCUUGUAAUAUGUUAAAAUUCUGGGUACGAUCAUUAUGUUCCAGGUCAAACUGACCCAAAAAUAAUGCACCAAAAAUCAUAAAAUCAAAAAUUUUAAUACUUCUCAAACAUUACAAUAAAGUAAGCAUGAGAACGUAUGAUUUUUAAAACUUUAUUUAACUAUUUAUUACUAUUUAUGACAACUUUUAUUUUAAUUUAAAAAAAUAUUUUUUUUUUUAAUUUUGUGUGCUUUCCCAAAGCUCAAACAGUAGAGCAUGGUGCAAUGCCAACAUCAUGAGUUCGAUUCCCAGCUAAAUUUGCAUGCAUGAACAGAUAAGUUACACUUCAAAUAAAAGCUUCUGCCAAAUGCAUAAAUGUAAAUACCUCUUUUUUUUUUUUUUUUUUGGUCUAUGCACCUGACUUUAACCAUGAAAUUGGUUUAAAAUUGAAAACAUCACAAUCGUAAUUCCACAAAUCCUCAAAGUGUCAAAACUUUGCAGGCACGUUCAAGACCCUAAAUGAGAAAUAUUCACUCUAUUUUAAGAAAAACAAACUGGUUAACCAGUAUUUCUGACAUGUGUUGUGGGUAAAAUUGACCCAGAAUACCAUUUCCAUUCCACUAUAUCCAGCUGUUUUCAAAUGCAAGAAUGCGUUGUGUGUGAACAGCCAUUUAAAGUUUCAGAUUGAAGUGUUGUUGAAGAAGCAAAUGCAUUUCUCAAGUAGCUUUUCAAGACGAAAGAUGACGUUCUGAAGGGCCCUUCCCAAAGUGCACUACUCUCUGAUCACAGUUCUCAGAACAGCAGUGUACAAUACUGAUACUGCUCUUCCUGUUAAUGUCCGUCCAUUUUGGUUGAUGAUCAAGUGUGCAACAUAAUGAGAUCAUCAUCAUUUGAGUACAGUAUUUUCUCUUUCUGUCAGUAUAUUGUAAAAUAUCAAUGUGACUUCUAUAAGUGCAAGAGCUAAUUGAACAAUAGCAAUGUUUGGCCCUGCACUGUUAACAUGGGAUCGAAUAAAGAAGUAAAAUGAGUUCAGAUUUGUACAGUAAUGCCAUCACCUUGUUUAGAAACAGAUUAUUUAAUAGAUCCAAAGCGAAUGGAAUGUGUGCAGACGUGCAUGUCCAGUGACACAUCAUCAGUUAUUAUACAAAUCCAGACAUGAUCCCUUUUUAUUAUGUUUUUAAUAUCUGUACUUCUUGAGUCAGCUUUAGUCAUAGUAGUGUGACUAACGGUCAGAGGACUGGUUUAAGAGCAAUGCCGCUUAUGGAAUUUAAAAGGUCGUCGCCUACUGCGAAUGCACUUUUCAACAUAUUUGUGCAACAUUCCAGCUUAUAAGGUCACGUUUUGCACCUGUAAAUACGGUAAGGCCACGUACACACUGCAAAACCUAAUUAUCGUUUGUUUUCGAGUCACUCCUGAAUUUGAAAUGAUUGAUGUAGUGAUAAUCAGUGUUGGGGAAAGUUACUUUUAAAAGUAAUGCAUUACUCCCUAAAAAAAGUUACUUUUUAUGAAAAGUAAUAUGUUACAUUACUUUUUUGUUACUUUUUCUCACCUGAGCUGGGCUUGCUUGUUUGUUUUUUAAUAACAACAAAAAGUUCCUUAUUAGUAUGGUCGAAUCAAAUCAUUGAAGGUCAGCAGCAAAGACAUUGGUUAAUAAAGUGAGAUUAAAUACAUAAAGUAUAUUUGUGUAAUUUAAUAUAGUUAAUUAUUACAAGUUUGCAUAAAAUUCUGAGAUUGCGUUUCACUGUUUUUAUUCAUUUUGAGUGAGAUGAGUAAAUGCAUAUUCACUUUUAGUCUAGAACAGGAGUGUCCUGGAAGGGUGUCCACUGUCCUGCAGAGUUUCACUCCAACCAGCUUCAAAACACCUGCCUGUAAGUUUUCAGUAUGCCUAGUUAGACCUUGAUUAACUGGUUCAGGUGUGUUUAAUUAGGGUUGGAGCUAAACUCUGCAGGACAGUGGCCCUCCAGGACCGAGUUUGAACACCCCUGGUCUAGAACUACAAUAGCCGCUUUUCCACUGUCCGGGCAGUGCAAGCCAGGGCUUCCAACAGGCCAGGCUAGGCUAAUAGCCUCGGACCUGUAGCACCGGGCCCAAAAUCAUGCUGCAUUUCCACCGUCAGGCCAGAAGCUCCGCAGCGCUUCACCAAAACCUGCCCGUAACACCCCUAUCUGAAACAACGUCACACAAACCCAUCAUUUCACCAACAAAUGGAAGUUUUAUCAGAAAACUAAUCAGAAAGAAAUUACUGGAAACUAGCAAGAUUGCAAAACGAACACGAUAAAAACGGCCAUUUGUUGGCAUUUUUGUUGUUUACUUAAAGAUUUAAAAACCCAAGCAUCGAUGUUUUACCUCAGUUUUUACAAUAAUAAUGAUACAUUGAUCAUAACGAAUUAAUUUGAGUCAAGAUUAAACAUUAGUCACAGAAAUAAAGUAGUAUUUACCAUUAUUUUAUAGGUACUUAUUCAGUCAUGUCUGUUUGUUUAUUUGUAGUCACAGGACAGUAUGUUUACAUCACAUUUAGAAAGAAUGAUCAUUUCUACAAAUUUUUUCACCAAAAAUACGACCUGAAGAACUUCAGCACUCUCUCCAGUGACAGUCCCAACAGUUAUAUUUUCAGUCAGAGAAACAGGAAGUUCCCGAAAAACUGGAGUUAAUUUAUUUUAUGACACAUGCUGAGUUGGAUAUGGAUAUCAGACAGUCUGGUAUAAGUCUUUAAUGCUGAUGUUAGCUGGUAACCUAUAUAAAAUCAUCUAUGGUGCUGCCGUCUCCAGACUUUGUUCGUAACCACUCCCUCAAGCCUGAGCUGGCCCGCUUUGGACCAAGGUAUUCAGCGGGCCAAAAAAUCCCUGGUCGCUGGCCCCGAGGAAGCCCCGACCAGGCACGAUCAAGCCCUGGAAGUGACAGUUGAAACACAACUGGCACUGGCACGCACUAGCACACCCGCUUUUGGCCCGACAGUGGAAACGCGGCUAAUAACCAUCAUGUUUACACAGCGCACACAACACCUCUGCACUUUAUUUCUCUCAACAUGGGGACAGUAGAGCUGUCAGUCAAUGUGAAAAAGUAACUUAGAUAUUUUGUUGUAAAUUGAAAAAGUAAUGUGUUACUUUUGAAAAAGUAAUCUGAUUACGUAACUCAAGUUACUUGUAAUGCGUUACCCCAACACUGGUGAUAAUCAUAGCAACAGUUCAGCGAACACAUAUUAACAUAUUUUUGCUCCCAAUUCACUGAAGAAUUAUGCAAAGAAUUUUGCACUAAAAUACGAGUGAAUUCAGUGCUUUAUAUGAAGUGGAGUGACACCCGUAAUAAUCUGCAGUGUGAACGUGGUCUUAUUCAACUCACCGGUUUAUACUUCGAACAUCGCCUCAUCCAUAUUCUCAGAGUGACCUGCAGAAACGAAGAGACUGUUUUUAUGUUGCAACAAUGAAUAGAGCUGCAAUUCUGUCAGAAGCCAGCGUAACGGAGCCGCAUUAAACCCGUUGCGAUAUUAAUGGAUUCCAGCCAGUAUUAGCAGCCGAAUAAUAAUUUUUCAUGCAACGUGCGUGCUUUAAACAUGUAAGAGCUCCUUCUGCCUUUGUGGCAGUCACAGCCUUGCAUGCAAAACCACAUGCUGUAUUUUAGGUGCGUAGAGUUUCUCCUUUUUUUGUGCUGGGCAAGAAAAACGGAUGAGACUUGGGAUGGAGAAAAUAUGAGUAAUAAUAAUAUUAUUGCACAUUUAGCACUGUGACGAACACACAAAUCACAAACAAAAAAAAGAAGACAUCAUGUUUGCAUAAUCAUUAGCGCUUGCUUCAAAGUUGGUUAUUAAAUCGAUAUAUAUAAAUGUGUAAAUCUACCAUGAAAAGGGAACAGCUUUAGAUUCCCGGUUUGCUCUAUUGGACAUGCUAUGGAAUGUGCUGUCAAUACCACGCUAUUCUCUGAAUCUUUUAAUUCAUCUGUGAAUAUUUAAUCUUUUUGUAAUCUUUGUUAUAUACUAGGCUGUAUAUAUAUGACAAGGGGUCGAGACACCAUGUGAUAGUGCCGCUUCAGCGAUCCACAUUCAGGGUCACGAAUGCCCCCUUUGACUAAUUCAUAUUCCGUAUAUAUACUGGUUGGGAAAAAGGCGUUGAGGUUCGACAUGCAUCCGCUGUGCUGAACACUGAAUCUGUGUUUUUGCUUCACUUGCCUAUAUAUUUUUUUUUUUUCUUUUUGUAAAAUGCACUGAAAUAAUGCAGAAUUUUGACAAGCAGUUCUGGAACCUAGAAGUGUAACUGGUCACUUUAUAACAAACGAAACGUAGAAUAUAUUAGAGUAGUAAAUGCAUUAUUUGUUAGAAGCUGUAUGUAAUGUUAUUAUGGAAGAUGUAAUGUCCUUCUGUAAAUGUUGUUUAUCGUUGUUUUACCUGAAAUAAAUAAAGUUUAUUAACGCUUCAAACCAA